ACUGUGGACGCCGCAGCUAAUAGCAGCCGACAACGGGCACCAGCAACAACAGUUUCGCGUCGGGGCAAAAGUCAAAUGAGCGAACCAUGGUGUUGGUGAAAAACCGUUGGGGGUGGGUUGUGGCUUUCACUACGUUUGUUGUUUGUAUACCGAUUACGGGUAUUCUUAGCGCAUUUGGAAUUAUAUUCGUGAAACUACAAGGGGAAUAUCCCGAAAUCACCGAUCUCGAAACAGGAUGGAUCGGUUCCAUGGCAUUUGGAAUGUUCUUCUUCGCCUCACCUAUAUCUACGGGACUUUUUAAACGAUUUGGACACAGAAAGGUGUCCUUUAUCGGCGUGUUUUUCGUGUCUGUCGGUCUACUAGGGUCUUCUUUCGUGCCGCAUCCGAGGAUGCUUUUCUUGACGUAUAGUAUACUUUUCGGAGUUGGCGCUAACUUCGUGGACAAUGCCUCGUUGAACUUAAUAGGUCAAUACUUCCCUAGGAAAAACAGUGCAAGGGCGACCUGUUUUGCCACAAUGGGUUGGAGUGUUGGGUCAUUAGCUUUAAAUCCCAGUGUCGAAGCUCUGUGCGAAUCCGUAGGAUGGCGGAAUACUUUCCGUAUACUCAGUGGACUUAUGUUCGUCAUCGGAAUAUCGUGUGUGGUAACAUUCGCUCCCGCGCCUGUCGAGAGGCACUGGAAAAGUGUCGAGGCGAAUCUCGAAAGGAAAAAGCAAGCUGAACAUGCUUCAAGGACUGAACAGAAGCAGACAGUACUUGUUUAUUUGAAGACAUUCAAGAAGACUUUUCAAGCCCCGGGAAUUAUACUUUGGUUUAUUGGAAACGUACUUUUGAACUUAUCACUGAUAUUUCCUUUUAUAAAUAUGGAUAAAUAUAUCACUGUGACAUAUUGA